CUAACUUCCUGUCUCCCUUGGUCAUCUCUCUCUUCCUCUUGUGGGCUGAAUACAUGUGUGUGGCUGGGUGCUUGGUGCACUGCAAUAGCAGCGCACUCUACUCAGCCCCACAGACGGCUCAUGGUGAACACCUCCCCAUGGCCCCCGUCCCCUGCCUCAUCACACUCCUGCUCAGCGUCUGGCUCUGUGGUGCCAAUAGUCCAACAUGUCCGAAGCGAAUCGAUGUGAAAGUUGGAGACAAGGUGGAGAUUCCAUCAUGCUCAACAGCAGGGAUCACCGAAUCAUAUUGGAAAUACGAAGGGGAAAAAAUUGUUCAAGAUCUCCAAGUCAAACAGUCCCGAUUCAAAGAAAGAAUUGUCACGAGCCACACAACUUAUAAUUAAAUCCUCUCUGGUGUAACUCAGCAAGACUCUGAGACAUUUGGAUUUUUCUCAUCAAUGGAAAAUAACCAACUUCCUACCGUCUUCUUCAACCUGAGAGUCUAUGAGGCCAUAACUGAAAUCAACGCACGGAAAAUAAAUUCCUCUUGGGAUUCAGUUGCCAACGAAUGUGCAAUUUGGCUUAAGUGCACCGCCUUGCAUUCCGAAAGCGGAAACAGCGUCAACUACACCUGGACCAUCGGGAAUGAAACCCACACGGGUGCUACAUUCAGAUACUUCACCACAGAGGGCGAGGACACUGGCAAGUGCACCGCUUCCAAUCCCGUCAGUGAGAAAUCUGCAUCGAUACAGGUGGAGUGCCGCAACAGCACGCAGGCUGGAGGAUUUGAAUACUUUCACAUUGAAGAAAAAGGAAAAAAUAGAAUAAAACCGGAAUUGAACUCGUUAACAGAUCCGAGCACUCCAAUUCCAAAGAUCUGGAUCUACAUCUCAACUGUGCUGGGAGUACUGGUCCUGAUACUGGUUUUGGUCUGUUUGAGGCGGAGAAAAGCAGCACCAGAAGCUAUGGACACCGUGUACAGCUGCAUUGAAAAUGUUGAAAGGAAAGAGGUGUGGCAGAUUUGUUCAGAUACAUGGGGCCAGUGGUGUAGUCUACGUGAUACGCAGGCUGCGUCACAGGAUGAGCUGAGCCCGGGACCACUCUAUGAACUGGUCCAAAAUGUAGAAGCUAGGCCCCCACAGCAAGAGGUUCAGCAAAGACGCCUUAUGGACCCUCCCUCCUAACAGAUGACCCCCAGAGCUGCUGCUGGCUCAAGGUAGUCCCUGGUGCAGCAGACGUCCUAAUAUACAAAGCCAAAUGCGAUUGCAGUAUCCUAAAACCAAAUGCUUGAAGAUUUGUUUGUGGGUCAUCUGUGUGUACUUUUUAUUAAACAGAUUUGUCUUUUAUAACUAUUCUCUAUACAUAGAUUGUUGAUAAGAUUAGCAUUUGGGAAACAUCACCCACAAAUAACAUUUGUGAGUAUUCAAACUGUCAAAUAUACCUGCUGACAAACAGGCUUAAAUUGCCUAAAUGCUUCAAGGAGAAUUUCACUGGUGGAGACAUGAAUCUGUAUUGAAAGUGGGUCAUAUAUUUAGCGAUUGUGAGCGAGACUUCUGCGGUGCUGGAGAUGUUAUUCAGGAGCAGAGGAGUCAACCUAAACCGUCCACAGUGGAUUAUGUGCUUUUUUUGCACAGCAAUCUCGGCACCAGCACCACACCAGAGAGUAAUUCCACGGCGUUCUAUCUAAUGUGUCUAAUUUGCCUUCGGGUGCUGUUGAGGCGUCAGUAUCAAUUUAUAGCGGGUCUGGUUGGGUGCGGAAUGUAAUUUGCCAGUACGGGCGGUUGUGGGUUUGCAAAAUAAGAACCGUGUAUUGAUUCUCAGCCAUAGUGGGGAAGGAAUUGGGGGAAGAAACGUUGGCUUUGACUCUCUGAAGUCUAGAUUGAGCUGCAACUUCAGAUUGAUGUGGAAGGACCAGAGACGUUGUUUAUUCAUAAUAUCUCAAAACGACUGCAUCGGGUUCUCCAACGUCUCUGGUUCUUCCUCAUCAAUCUGAAUUAGACUGAACCGCGACAUGGAGGAGAAAGGGAUUGUUGCCCGCGAUUGUUGUCGUCUAGGAAAGAUUUCUAUUUGUAUUCGGGUGCUGGCCCGACCCCCACCCGAAGGCAAAUUAGAUGCGCUACGGAGGUGGUGGUGGCAACAACCCCUUUCUCCUCCAUGUCGCGGUUCAGUCUACUUCAGAUUGAUGUGUGAGAUUCAUAAUAUCGUCCGGAGGCGCACACAGUUCUAUUUCAUGUAGGCCACGCCGUCUAAGCUUCUCCUUAUGGGCUUGUCCCGUGUGCGUGCUUGCGCGCACUGAAAAUUUCAAGCAUG